GCCGUACGGAGAGCAGUGCGCCGCCAGAGCAUCUCUUCUCCGCGAGAGUUCCAGGGGAAGGACCACCCACCAUGUCGGCAGUUACGGAGGUUCAGAACACCACAACCGAGGCCCUGGCCGCCCUGCUAGACGGGGGUGACGGCGCCCUGGUGACGCUGGUGGCGGGCGAGACGAGGGUGGCGGCUCACAGGGCCGUGUUGGCAGCCGCGAGCCCCGUGUUCAAAGCUAUGUUCCGGGACGACAUGCCGGAGGCCAGCUGCGGCCAGGUGAGGGUCGACGACGUGGAGGGCCCGGACCUGAGGCUCCUGGUGGCCUACACGUAUACCCUGCAGGCCCCCCAGCUGCCAGACACGGCCCCCCAGCUGCUGGCGGCGGCCGAGAAAUACGGCUUGUCGGCCCUGAAGGCUGCCUGCGAGCGGCAGCUGAUAUCGCAGUUGGGCGUGGAGACCGCAGUGGCGACGGCCGUCAGGGCAGUGAGGCACUCGUGCCCGGACGCCACGAGGGCUGCCGUCGCCUUCAUAAAGGACCACCUGCAGGUGAUGGCCACGCGGGGCUGGGCGGACGCUGUGCUCGAGUAUCCGCAAGAAGUCAACGAAGUCAUCCGUCUACUCCGUGAGCCACCAGCAGAAGCCAGCUCGCCGACCGCCACAGGGGGCGGGUCCACCCCCAACUCUGACCGUCAACCCCACAGCGGCCACAGCCAGACUCCUGCUGCAGCUGCGCCUCCCACGUCUGCCCGACACACCCCUCCACCUGAGGACGCAGCCGUCUCUCGCUUCCGCUCGCCGACCGCCACAGGGGGCGGGUCCACCCCCAACUCUGACCGUCAACCCCACAGCGGCCACAGCCGGACUCCUGCUGCAGCUGCGCCUCCCACGUCUGCCCGACACACCCCUCCACCUGAGGACGCAGCCGUCUCUCGCUUCCGGAGCCUUCCUGAGGAGAAGCGAGGCGGGAGGCUGAUAAAGGCGGCUAAGAAAGGGGCGGUGAAGGAGGUGCGGCUGUUGCUGGCGGCUGGGGUGGACGUGGGGGCGAGGGGCUGGGGCCGGUGGACCGCCCUGCACUGGGCUGCACGGAGAGGCCGCGCGGCUGUGGUGCGGCUGCUGCUCUCUGCGGCAUCCGACCCCAACGCCAGGGAUCGGUGGGGGCAGACGCCGCUGCACUUCGCGGCAUCGUGUGGCCAUGCAAAAGCGGCGGCUGCGUUGGUGCGGGCCGGAGCCGACAGGGGGGCGACGGAUGAGUGGGGGAGGACCCCCCUGGACAUCGCCACGCGGCAGAACAAUCAGAAGCUCAUAGAGAUGCUGCCAGUGGAGGAAAUGUCAUAA